GCAAGUAACAAAAUCAUAUCCAGUUACCAGUAUAUAAGCAAGUUAUACAUACCCCAAUUUGCUACAAACAUUUUCAUUUCAAAUUCAAAAUGGCAAACUCCAACCCAAAACUCUUAUGCUUCAUUUCAGUUCUCAUUGUUCUUCAAGUUCACUUGUGUAAUGGGCAAAAUGCGGUGAAAGGAGGCUACUGGUUUCCCGACAGCGGAGUCACAAUUCAAAAUAUCAAUUCCAAUCUCUUCACUCACCUCUUUUGCGCAUUUGCCGAUCUUGAUUCCACCACAUACACAGUCACCAUAUCCUCCGCAAACAGCGCGCCAUUUUCCCAAUUCACCCAAACCGUCCAAAUCAAAAACCCUUCAGUCAGAACCCUUCUCUCCAUCGGCGGUGGAAAUUCCGACGACGCCGCCUUCUCCGCGAUGGCGAGCCAGGCAUCUAGAAGGAAGUCAUUCAUCGAUUCUUCCAUAACCCUAGCCCGGAACAACGGCUUCCACGGUCUAGACUUAGACUGGGAAUACCCCGGUUCCGAUUCCGACAUGACAAAUUUAGGAACCCUUCUGGACGAAUGGCGAUCGGCCGUCGCGGCCGAGGCUACCAGGUCCGGCAAACCGGCGUUACUUUUAACGGCGGCGGUUCAAGGCUAUUCACCAAGAGUAGACGGAACUUACAGCUAUCCUUACGCAGCCAUUUCCAGGAGCCUGGAUUGGAUUAACGUCAUGACGUACGAUUUCUACUCCCCGGAUUGGUACACAAGCUUCACGAAUUGUCACGCCGGAUUAUACGAUCCUUCCGGCGAGGCUGCGGGAAGCACCGGAAUCAUGGGUUGGAGGAAUGCAGGGGUGCCAGCUAAGAAACUGGCACUGGGGCUUCCGUUUUAUGGAUACGCAUGGCGUUUGGUGAAUAGUAAUAACCACGGGAUCCGGUCUCCGGCGAACGGUCCGGCGGCUCCCGGUAACGGUGCAAUGACGUUUGCGGAGAUUAGGAACUUUAUCAGUCAAAAUAGUAAUGCGGUGGCGGUGUAUAAUUCGACUCGGGUUUGCAACUAUGUGUACUCUGGAACUACGUGGAUAGGGUACGACGCCGUUCAAUCUAUCUCUGCUAAGGUUUCUUAUGCAAAGCAGAAUGGACUUCUUGGUUACUUUGCUUGGCAACUUGGUGGUGACAGCAAUUGGAUGCUUUCUCAACAAGCUUCAAGCACCUGGGGAGCAUAAAUGACGCAUAUAAUUGCAGUCCAUGAAACUUGGGAUUAUGAGAUUAAUUAAUAAGGCUAAAGCCAGUUGUGCAUGAAUAAUAAUUUCAAUGGUUCUACAUGGGCCGGAAAUGUGACCGCCUCUGUGUACAAGAGAUUAUAUUAAAUAAAAAAAAAUGCAAGUAUCAUAGUACUUAUUUUCACACAUUCUUCAAAAUAAUCAUAUGAAUAUCCCAACGAUUUGUUCAAUUUCUGACCAAAGCUAGUAAUAAAAGUAAGUAUACCUUUAAUAAAUAGUCUUCCCAUCUCAAAAGUAAGUAUACCUUUAGUUUGUUGCAUUUUUUUAAUCUUAUUAUUUAGGAUUGUUAUUUCGAAGGAGUACUUUGAACACACUUUUGAUCAAGCUUUGUUUACUUUAAAGUAGUGAAGAUCAAGAUUUAAAGCUAAUACCAAUCAAGAUAACUAAUGAAUAAGAAGGGCUAAUAAUGCAAAUAAAAAAAAGGGGAGAUAAUAAUACUACUAAAAUUCUAUUUAAGUUUGUAGGGUGUAGUCCUAUAAUCUUGUGGCAAAUAGGUAGCCACAAGUUAAUCCUUUUAGAGUGCAAACGAAUUUGGCUACUAUGCAUGCUUGGAUAGCUGUUUUCACAGAAGAUGUGUGAAACUACAAACCCAUACGGGGUUGCGUUAUUCUAGAGUCGAUUGAGAAGUUCCAUGAUUGGAAAACAUCAAUAAGAAAAAUCUUCAUUAAAUUCAAACAUUCAUACAUCAUUGUCUCAGUGGUAUUUCUUCUUUGACAAUUAAUC